AUGUCUCCAUCAACCAUCGCCCUCGCAGUCACCCUCCUCGCCGGCACGACCGUCAGCGGCAGCCCCAUCGUCAAGCUCCCACUGACAUCCUUCACUCCGAACCCACCAACACUUCCCCCCGUCCCGGCCAGCGAAAACCACUGCCCCGGGUUCAUGCUGGAGCUGAUGCGUUACGAUUUCGGACCAAAAGGGUGUCCUGAGCCCAGCGCGCUCUACUCGGCAGCCUGUAUCGCUGAAUGCGAGGCCGUGCUGGAGGCCAAGAAGGACGAAGCUGGUGAUCGUCCCUCCAAAGAGGAUGACGACGCUGCGGAUCCUGUCGCGAACAGGUCGAUCCCAGGACCGGUUGCUGAAGGCCAUUGCCCUGGCUACAUGCUGGAGAUGAUGCGCCACCACUUCGGCCCCGACGCCUGCCCCGAAGCCGACGAUCUCUACUCCGAGGCCUGCGUCGCCGAGUGCCAACUCAUGCUCGACCUGCACAAAGAUAUCGUCGGCCGUCCAGUCCCCAACACCUCCAUCGCCCCCAAGGACUCAGCACCAACUCCCCCCGCCCACGCCACCAAGCAACCAACCCCCACCCCAACCCUCCUCGCCCGGCACAAAAAAUUCAACGAAGACUUCCGCGACCCCACCCUCUGCCCCGCAGCCACCUUCCGCACCCUCCUCUACGCCCUCAACGCCGGCUACGCCUGCCCCUCUCGUGGGGGCGCCUACACCGACAUCUGCGUCGGCGUGUGCGAGGCGACGGUCCAUUGGCUCGCGGACUGGCCUGGGCAAUGGCCGGAGGUUUUCCCGCAAGGGGCCAUAUUGAUGCCGAGGCCACGGGCGCAGAAUGAUUUGGAUGCGCUGUUGGCGAUGGGGACGGGGAUGGAGAAGAGAGGUGGGGUGGUGGAGGAGCCGGCCUGUGAGGAGGGGGAGUGUGGGCCGAUGGGGGAUUGGGCGAUUAAUGGGACGGGGCCGUAG